AUGUCAAGAAGAGGCUUACGAGAUGAAGAAAUCGAACGAUUAUUGUGUGAAAUUCCAUCAGACGAGGAUUCCACUGUUGACACCACAGAUGACGAAUCUGAUUAUGAAGCAAGCAUUGUUGCGGAGGCUAUUGUGUCGUCUGAAGGCGAAGUUUCAGAGAGCGAGGAAGAAAGUGAGUCCACUCCGCCAAAACGCGCUGCUGACACAGCGCCAACUUGGGGACAACAAUUCAAUGCUACCUCAGGAAUGCAGUUCGACAGUGAAUCAGGACCAAGUGCUUUUAUUAGGGACAUUGAUGAUCCAGAACCUAUCGAUAUAUUCGAAAAAAUAUUUCCAAAAGAGCUAGUUGAGCUAAUCGUUUUCCAAACAAAUUUAUAUGCGACGCAAUCUGGCAAGUCUUUCACUCCAACAACUGACAAUGAAAUACGAACUUUCCUGGGAAUCAACAUUUUGAUGGGUAUAAAGCGUAUGCCAGCAUACAGAGACUACUGGUCUAGUGCCCCAGAACUUCAUGAUCGUUAUAUUGCAUCUCUGAUGGCAGUAAAUCGGUUUGGAUGGUUACUGAGGAACAUUCAUCUGAAUGAUAACACAUUGCAUCCAGAAAAAGGACACCCAGGUUAUGACAAACUGUACAAGCUGCGACCAGUGAUCAAGAUACUAUCUGAAUCUUUUUCCAAGUGUUACCAACCCAGCAAACACCUAGCAAUUGAUGAGUCAAUGAUCAAAUUCAAAGGCCGCAACAGUAUGAAACAAUACAUGAGAGAUAAACCCAUAAAGCGUGGUUACAAAGUGUGGAUGCUGUGUGACAAGACCUCUUACAACUUGAAAUUUGAUAUUUACACCGGAAAAGUAGGUGACACAGUGCAAACAGGCCUUGGGGAGCAUGUAGUGCUGAGUUUGUCCUCUGAACUCGUAAAUAAAGGCCAUUAUCUUUAUUUCGACAACUAUUUCAAUAGCUAUAACUUGUUGGCUGGUUUACAGCAGAGAAACAUAUAUGCCUGUGGGACAGUUCAACCAACAAGGAAACAUUUACCCAAAUUAAAAACAGACAAAGAAUUAAGCAGAGGUGAAUUUGACUGGAGGGUCAGCAACUGUGGCAUCCUCUACUUGAAGUGGAAAGAUAAGAGAGCUGUUCAUCUCCUUUCAAAUUUUCACAGUCCUGAAGUUACUACAGUGACUCGCCGUGAAAGAGAUGGUUCACGCAUAGAGCUACCUUGUCCUCAAGCAGUGAUGGAUUACAAUGCACACAUGAACAAUGUCGACAAGUUCGACCAACUGAAAAAAUCAUAUGAAAUAAGCCGGAGAACAUUUCCUCGCACGCAGUUCGUCUACGCGGUCCGCCACUGCGCGGGCUCGCCUUGGCAAAGAACAAAGGGCGGCGCCCUCGCCGCCUCUCCCUGGCUUCGUUUCCUCUCGGUUCGCGCCUUCCUCGGCCCCAUUAGCCACAUAAAGGCGCGGCACAAAGCCCCACGCACGUAA